CAUAUUAUGACUUUAUAUGUGACUAAAUACUAGUGUUUUUUUCCUUGUUUGUUUUUGGAUAUUAAUUCCAUAGUUUUUGUCUCUGGCCCCCAGGGUGUGUGAUAAAGGUCAAAGCAGCAAAGACUCUUUCUGCCUUGAUAUUAAUCCUAAAGCAACUCUAAUGUGUCAGAUUACGUCUCUGCCAUCAGCGAAUGAGCCUCUUUCACUGUGCAGCUCACUGUAAAUGCAGCUCUUUCUCUGAGAUGUCAUUGACUUGAGGACGCAUACGAAUUUGACUUUGGGUGUGGGGCGAACAGCCAUAUUGCUCAGUUUGUUCUUCGCUGUUCAUCACUGCUGAUGAGUGAUUUCACUGGCGUGUGGAUGCGUGAGCCAUUGUAAGAUGUAUAUGGCAGUGUAAGUGAAUAAGGUGUGGGAGAAAAGUGCUGAAUGAAUAAAGGUAGUAAAUGAUGAUAAAUGGCUCUUAAUCACAUGAAUGGUGAAAAUGUCUAUGAAUCCUGUAAAAUUCAGGGUUGUCAAAGUGUAAUAUCAUGGGAAAAAAUAGUAUGGUAGAAGAAUGUGUGUCCUUUUUUGUAAUUUGAGCUUUCAGAGCAGCUCUGGUUAACCCUUUCUUGGAAAGGUCCCAUAGUGUAGAAUAACACGAGUAAAAGAGAUGCUCAAAACCUGGCCAUGAUGGUGUGAGUAGCGAUCAACCAUUUGACACAGAGAUGUUAUAUCAGGCAUAAAGGCCUAGAUUGCUGUCUCUCUGAUCUUGUCACACUAUCUAGUUGGACAACUUGGGGUUGUACUUGCGGUUUUUGCAGUCAAGGAUGUCCAGGUGCCGUCUAGACAGAUCCCAAAUGUUCAGCACAGGGUUGAUGAUCUCACUUUGGGUAGAUGCAGUCCACCCUUGGAAAUGCGUGAAUCAGCAAGUUUGAAGUAAAAAGUAAUUUCCUCAUUUUUAAUCAAUCUUACCAUCUUCCUCUGUUGUAGGAAGAUGUUGGUAAGGCAUGGAAUUUUCUGAGGAUGCCAUUUACCUAAGUUUUGAUGUUGGGCCGAGACAACAUUUCUGUAAUUCUCAACAUUUUCACAAGAGCUGCAAGUAACAAGUCUGCGGCUUUUGGAAAAUCACAGAAUCUCCCAGGGCUUUGUAUUGGCACCUGCGGUUUACACUUUGGUUUUUCAGCGUUAGUCAUCUGCAUAAGUGCCGAUUCUGAGCCAAGCGAGUCGUCAUCAUGUUUUCACCUUGACUAAACCGCGUUAUUUUCGCUGACAAGUUCUUUAUCAUCCUGUCCUCGUCCCCUUUCGCCUUUUGCUCUCGCACGGCGGCAUCACGAUGUUCACACACUUUCCAACAUCACGUUUCCAGCCUUUAAAGGGAAAUACAAGGGGUCCAAAGUCAUCUUAUUGGCUCAGAGCCUUUGGCAGUGACAGGUCUAAUUUCUCUACAGGCCUUUAUUUUAAAUGAAAAUGAUAACAUUUUUGCAGGUAAACCUACUUAAAAAUUAUGUAAUGUUACCCAUUGUGCCAUUGUAGUUUGCUGGUGUCAAGGCUCCGGCUGCCUGAAUUGUUGGCAUGUUCCUUGCUGAGACGCACUAGCUCAUUGCAGCCUUUUUCCUAGAGUGAAAGUGACAGUGUUGUGUGUUGUCUUGGUGAUGGAGCCAUUGGAGCGCAGCGUGUUGAAAAUCACGGGAACGCCUUUGCUGCGUGUGGCUGUCGAGCAGGCAACCGGGGAUGCGUCACGGGUGCGUCUUAGGUGAGGCCGUCAGAGCGGCUCUGCCUCCUGCGCGUGUCGUGACUCGGGGUGGUGUUAUCGUCACCGUGGGCCACGGCUGAUAUCCAUGAACAUUCAGACACGGAUUUCCAGAGGGCGGGCAGGCUGUCUGGUGGGUGGAUUCACGAGGGAAUGCGGCGGCCUCGGUGUCAUCGUGAAUCAGCAACGUCUUCGUGAACCCCCAUCCUCCUCUCCCUCCCACUCGUGUUCUCUCCCUCAGCCUUGGGCUGUGAGACAGUGUGGCUUGUGUGUGAGAUGUGAUGGAAACUCCACAGGAAAGUACAGGGUGAAAGAGCUCAAAGGGGUGAAAUGCGAGGGGACGUGAGGCUCCAUGAGGACUCGGAGAUGAACGUAGCAUGAAUAAGGAUAGAGCUCUAGCUCUGGCUCUGGCCUGGCCCACUUCCAUCAGCUGUGUCCUUUUCUCCUCAUAUGGCUCUGGUUCGCUCCACACCGUCUAGGACUUUUCAUCAACAUAAGCUGCUGGUGUAAACCAACAUACUUUUUGUGGAAUCCUGAUUUUAUUUCCAGCUCUGCUGUUUUCUUGUGGCUGCAACUUGUGACCAUUAUAACAACGAGUGCCUCUGUUCGUAUCCCUGUUUUUAGUUUCGGUGUUCUCCGAGCGGGAAGGAAGGAUGCUUUUGGGAUUAAAGGCAGCUCAGGCAGCUUGUGGCAUGAAACCCGGAGUGUGUUUGGACAAGGCCCCUAGCUGUCAUCCAUCACCUGGGUGUAUUGACUGAGUGCAGGGCUCCUGCAGUCAUGCUUGCAGCGCCAUCCUUAAUCUGUUUUCUUCCAACAUGCAGGCUCCUCUAUUGAUUCUGAUCACAUUGUCAAAGAAGGGCAACAGCCCUGAUUUUUAUCACAGCAGUGUAAUGUCAUUGAUACCGGUCAGUCAUGCGACGGCGAGCUCGAGGGACAGUGCCUGCCAGUGGCUACCUCAGAUAUUUUUUUUUUCCAGAUACAUGCAAUUUUUUCCCCUCCUACAAGAAAUGUUUUGUCAUUCAGCCUUCUGGUGCUAUGUGAUGAAUACCAUGCGGUACCGUUUUCUUGCUCUGUCAUUAUAUUUUUAUAAUGUGAGUAGACAGAGCAGGUUGUAAGCUCAAAAGUGUCGGUCUGUUGCACACUGUCCCAGACUUUGCCCUGGGAAGUUUCAGUUGCAGAGGGUCCAAGUGACAACGCUUUAUGCCAGUAUAUUCAGGCUACUAAACACAACGAUGGGGCCAGGCGAAUGUCGGCGAGUGCAAAUGAAGGUGAGAAUUUUGACCAAAGUCCUCUGCGGAGAACUUUCAAGUCCAAGGUCCUAGCACACUAUCCUGAGAAUGUGGAGUGGAGUCCUUUUGACCAGGAUGCUGUGGGCAUGCUCUGCAUGCCGAAGGGGUUGUCGUUCCGAACGCAGGCGGACAGCCGUGAGCCCCAGUUCCACUCCUUCAUUAUCACGCGGGAGGAUGGCUCGCGCACCUAUGGCUUUGCCCUUACCUUCUACGAGGAGGUGACAAGCAAGCAGAUCUGCAGUGCCAUGCAGACGCUGUACCAUAUGCACAAUGCUGAGCAGUAUGAUAUCCUGCAUAUGCCUUCUGCGACCCCCACUGGAAUCGAGGACUCCCAUGGGCUCCUUCAAGCCUCACCCUCUAUUUCCCGCCUACAACGUUUCAACUCCUACGACAUCACCCGUGACACACUUUACGUCUCCAAGUGCAUCUGCCUUAUGGCGCCAAUGGCCUUCCCGCAGGCCUGCCGGAAGGUCCUAGAGCAGCUCCACCAGGCUGUCUCCUCAGCCCAGCCGCCACCACUGCCCCUGGAGAGUUACAUCUUCAAUGUGUUGUACGAGGUACCGCUGCCCCCACCUGGGCGCUCCCUCAAGUUUUUGGGUGUGUACAGCCCUGUGGUGUGCCAGCGACCGAGUACGAGCGAACUGCCACUCUUCGAGUUCCCGCUUGGCGACAUGUUCCAGUUGCUCGGGGUUGAGAACGUGCUCCAGCUGUUCACCUGUGCUCUGCUGGAGAUCCAGAUUCUGCUCUACUCCCAGCAUUACCAAAGGCUGAUGACUGUGGCUGAAAGCAUCACGACCCUGAUGUUCCCCUUCCAGUGGCAGCACGUGUAUGUACCCAUCCUGCCAGCAUCACUGCUGCACUUUCUGGACGCUCCUGUUCCCUACCUGAUGGGCCUACACUCCAACGGGCAGGAUGACCGCUCCAAGCUGGAGCUCCCUCAAGAGGCCAACCUGUGCUUUGUGGACAUUGACAACCACUUACUUGAGCUACCGGAGGACCUGCCACAGUUCCCCAACAAACUUGAGUUCAUCCAGGAGAUCUCUGAGGCACUGAUGGCAUUUGGCAUCCCACCGGAGGGUGACCUUCAACGGGGUGAAGGCAUGGCCAAGCUAAAGGGCUUCCGCGCAUGUGACGUGGUCUCAGAUCGGCGCAACGGCAAUCUGGCAGGAUCGCCGCUGAGCUCCUAUUUGCUGAAGGAGAAUGAGACCAUUGCCCGUCUGCAGGCACUGGUCAAAAGGACUGGAGUCAGCCUUGAGAAGCUGGAUGUGAAGGAGAGUCCCAGUAGCAACAAGGACCUGAAGUUGCAGUGCGACGAGGACGAGCUGCGUAUGCACCAACUCAACAUCCGUGUGCGUGAGAUCUUUGCCAACCGUUUCACGCAGAUGUUUGCCGACUACGAGGUGUUCGUCAUCCAGUCCAGCCAGGACAAGGAUUCGUGGUUCAGCAACCGGGAGCAGAUGCAGAAUUUUGACAAGGCCUCCUUCCUUUCAGACCAACCGGAGCCCUACCUGCCCUUCUUGUCUCGUUUUUUGGAGACACAGACAUUCGCCUCCUUCAUCGACAGCAAGAUCCUUUGCCACAAUGAGGAAGAUAAGGAGCAUGCGCUCCGGGUGUUCGAUGCCAGGGUGGACAAGGUUCGCAUGCUGAAUGUCCGGACGCCCACGCUGCGCACUUCCAUGUACCAGAAGUGCACCACCGUCGACGAGGCCGAGACGGCUCUCAAAAAGCGCUUUGACAAUGUCAGUCUGAUAGCCAUUCCCCCUCACUCCAUUGACCCGGAAAGUCACGACGCUCCCAUUAAGAAGGCCAUCGAGAUGCGGCUCUCCAAGAUUGACCACACUGCGCUGCACCCCCACCUGCUAGACAUGAAAAUUGGACAGGGCCGCUACGAGCCGGGCUUCUUCCCCCGGUUACAGUCUGAUGUGCUCUCUGCCGGACCCACUAGCAACAAGUGGACGAAGAGGAGUGCUCCAGCACAAUGGAGACGAAAGGACAGGCAGAAGCAACAUGCAGAACACCUGUACUUGGACAACGACCAGAGAGAGAAGUAUAUCCAGGAGGCAAGGAACCUGGGUACAACAAUUCGGCAGCCCAAGCUGUCCAACCUGUCCCCCUCAGUCAUUGCGCAGACCAACUGGAAGUUUGUGGAAGGCCUGCUGAAGGAGUGCAGAAACAAGACCAAGCGCAUGCUGGUGGAGAAGAUGGGGAGGGAGGCUGUGGAGCUGGGACACGGGGAAGGCAGCAUCACAGGCGUGGAGGAAAACACUCUCAUCGCCAGCCUGUGUGACCUGCUGGAGCGCAUCUGGAGCCAUGGCCUGCAGGUCAAGCAGGGAAAAUCAGCUUUGUGGUCACACCUGCUUCACUACCAGGAGAGCAAGGAGAAGGAGGACACUACGCCUGGUGGUUUGGGCCCACCGGGCUUCAUUCAUGACUCGGAAAGACGCAGGUCGGAUGCUGGGUCUGCUCUGCCGCCCCUCAAGGUUUCCCUCAUCCAAGAUGUGAGGCACAUCCAGAACAUUGGCGAGAUCAAGACAGAUGUGGGUAAGGCAAGAGCCUGGGUGCGCCUCUCCAUGGAGAAAAAGCUACUGUCCAGACACCUUAAACAGCUGCUUUCGGACCAAGAGCUGACCAAGAAACUGUAUAAACGCUACGCCUUCCUCCGCUGCGAUGAUGAGAAGGAGCAGUUCCUGUACCACCUGUUGUCCUUCAACGCCGUGGAUUACUUCUGCUUCACCAACGUAUUCACCACCAUCAUGAUUCCAUACCAUGUGGUGGUCAUCCCCAGCAAGAAGCUCGGUGGCUCCAUGUUCACAGCGAACCCCUGGAUCUGUGUGUCUGGGGAGCUGUCUGAGACUGGGGUGCUUCAGAUUCCCAAGAACACCUUGGAGAUCACCUUCGAGUGCCAGAACCUGGGCAAGCUGACCACAGUGCAGAUGGGACAUGACAACUCAGGGCUGUAUGCCAAGUGGCUGGUGGAGUGUGUCGUGGUCCGGAAUGAGAUCACUGGCCACACUUACAAGUUCCCAUGUGGCCGUUGGCUGGGAAAGGGUGUGGAUGAUGGGAGCCUGGAGCGGAUCUUAGUGGGAGAGCUGAUGACGCCCAGCUCAGAAAAUGAGGAGCGGCUGUGCAGGACACCCCCAUUGCAGCAGUCCCCUGGUAUGAUCCGACGAUUGGUUGCCAUCUCUCCAAACAGCAAACCGAAGCUAAACACAGGUCAGAUCCAAGAGGGUGUGGGAGAAGCCAUCAAUGGAAUAGUCAAGCAUUUCCACAAGCCAGAGAAAGAGAGGGGUAGUCUCACUCUGCUCCUGUGUGGAGAGGGUGGCCUUGUGUGGGCCCUGGAACAGGUGUUCCAGCAUGGCUUCAAGUCCCCCCGUCUCUUCAAGAGUGUCUUCAUCUGGGAUUUCCUUGAAAAGGCACAGACCCAUUUUGAGAGUCUGGAGCAGAGGGAGAUGGUGCAGGAUGAGAACUGGCAGACAAACACACGAACGUUCUGUCGUUUCAUGCGAGCCAUCAACAGCACACCCAGGAACAUCGGCAAAGAUGGAAAGUUCCAGAUGCUAGUGUGUCUGGGGGCCAGGGACCACCUGCUGCACCACUGGAUUGCGCUUCUGGCAGACUGUCCGAUCACGGGCCAGAUGUACGAAGACUCGGCACUGAUUAAAGACCACACACUAGUGAACUCCCUGAUCAGAGUGCUGCAGACGUUGCAGGAGUUCAACAUCACUCUGGAGGCAUCUUUAGUCAAAGGCAUCGGUAUUUAGCCACUCCUCAGCAUCAUUAUGACCUGAAGUAGCAUGUCAAAUUGAGGACUUUUACAGGAAGACUGAACUUUUUUUAAAAGUGUUGACAGACUUUUGGGAAACAAUUCCUGGCUUAUUUUAAAGCUACCUUUAUGUUUGCCAUAUAGUAAGUGCAAUGAGCAUUUUAAAAUGUCAUUAUUUUUUAUCCUCAACAAAAUGUUGUUCCAUAUUUAAAAUGUUUCCUAUUACAAGUCAUUUUUAUUUUGAUGAAAACACUCCUGAUUGUGCUAUACUGUAUUAAUUACAACUAAAUUGUUUUGUCGACAUUGUCAUUGUGAACUGCUGAUGAUAGGUAUAUUUAAAAGAAAAGCAAGGAACAAACAGUUAAUAUAUUUUCAGAAAGAAACAGUAUUAUUUUGAUAUGUCAGUCAAGUUGCUUGCUCUGUUGUCAAAAUUUAAGUUUUAAAGUUGUAAGGCAGAGUUUAAAGCAAAUGAUGUAGAAGUAUGCUUUAUAAGUACUAAUGAUGGGAGUGAAGGUUUUGUAUUUGAAAGAUGAAAAUUAAAAAUUAGUUUUGUAUAUUCUAAUAGCAAUGCACAGACUUGAUCGUUCAUAGAAAACUAAUGUCCAAAUCUUACAUAUCAUACUUGACCAGCUGCAGAGAGGCUUCCAACCCUACAGGAACAUGAUGUAGCUUGAACCACUGAUGCACAAUUGUCCCCUUAAGAGCAGUAGAAAGACCUUGCAAUAAUUACGGCAGAUUAUUAUCUCACAGACUGGUAACUUUUUGCAUUCCCGUAGAUACCUUGUAACGGUUGUUUCCUUAAUCACAUCAAUUCACCCUACAUGUAGCAUUCUUUCUAAAAUUUCCAAGUACACCCGCUGAAGCUGAGGAGAGGUGCCUUCAGUGAUGCUGCGUUCUCACCGUUCUGCUGAGUGCAGUACGAGUUCCGCAAACCUACUCCAAGUACUCCAUCACUCCAAAGUUAGACCUGGGCAAUUGUUCCAGGUCCUUGUGUCAGUGGCUUUUAAAAUAUACUGUUAUUCUGUGGUGGUUAUGGGGGGGAGGAAUUGCCUUCAGUAGUCCACCUAUAGACCUAUGUGCCAUUGGUUUUCAUGAUGUUCCUUUUUUAUUCAUGACUGUUGUUUUUAUUA